UCUCAUCUCUGCACGUUCUUCUAAGACACGUUGCACGUCAAAGCAAAAGUGAAAGUGCUCCACUGACAGGAAGGAGCUGUCUUGGUUAUUUUUCUGUCAACUGUAAAACGGACAUGCCGGAGACAUUACCGAAUAAUUAUCAGUCUAUUUCAAACAAGAUGACAGUCCCAGGGAAACAUUUUUAUGUCCACCUGGCGGGAGAAACUAAGGGGGCUCAUCACACCUUUGUUGAAAAGUUGAAAGACGUUGGCCAUACUGAGGUGCAGUCUCCUGGAGAAAGUGACUACCUUUCGGUUUUCUGUCCCAUCUCUUCACGAGUUGGAACGGACAUCAACGAGGCCCUGGACCACAUACCAGGUGGGAAACCAGCAAUUCUGGUGGUGAUGCAUCACACCUUCGAUCCUGACCAUGUUGUAGCUCCAAGCAGGAGACAGGUGGACAACCCCAGCGUCCUCCUCACUGUGGACUGUCUGUUCUAUGAGCGCAAGCUCCUGGAGUGUAACCGCAAUGACAUUGCGUGGCAUGACGUCCAGAAGUGUCUGGGAAUUCCCCUUUCACAGGUCUCUACCUGGAAACAAUACUGCAGACGUAAGUGUUGGAGGAAGAACUGGAAGCUGGUUGUUGUAGCAUGUUUUAUAAUUGGGGGAUUGGGGAUCACUGGGUCUGUGAUAUAUUUUGAAAUGAUAAAGAAAUAUGAUGUGUGAGGCCUGUCAAAAACAUGCAUUACAAAAACAAAAUGAAUCCACUGUGAUGGCAGUUUGCAGCAUUAUCACAAUAAAUGAUUCCUAAAGGGACAAAAUAAAUGUACCAUGGAAAGCAUGUGCAAUUAAAAAUGUAAUAACAGAAGAUUGGUAUUAUUGUUUAUAUUAUAUAUAUUAUUGUAGUAUAGUCUCAGGAAGGCUGAUUUAGCUAUUUUUAAGCUGAAUCUGUAGAUCUCACACAUUUUGAAUGAAUAACAGAUGAAUAACAAAAGAUAGAAGGAAAGCACCUAAGUUAAAAAGUAACCUUGGCAAUUACAUUUUAGAUAUUAUACACACUUACACACAAUUGCCAUAAGUUGAAAAGUCACUCAAGUCCAUCUCAAAAACCCUAAUGACAAGCCCAACUUUGAAGUUUCUUUUGGUGGCAUUUAUUGAGAAAGUAAAGCAGGUUACUACCAAAGUUACCUCAUGUCAAAGUCACUAUUUGUUGUGCUUUUAAGAUCCAAGUUGUGUGGCAUGUACGUGUUUAAUGUGUGUAGUAGAGCAGUGUGUGGUUAAAUCAUGACAUGUAACAUCCCUGCACAUGAUUGCUGUUUUGUGCUCAUUAAAUAUCAGGAUUACAUGUUUUUCCUGUCAUGAAGAAUAAAUAAAAACUAAUCAGCCAAA